UUGAAGCGAUGAACAAUCGAAGACGAGGGGCGAGGAGUCCUGAAGAGCUUCUUUUCAGCCUUUAGAAUUUGGCCACAGCGACCCACAGAGAACCGAGAAGGCGCUGAAGUAUUUAAUCGAGAUGUUCCCAGGAAGCUGACACACACCAGAGAUCCUCUCAGGUAGAUUUCAGACUCUCUGUUGUCGCUUUGCCCUUAACCUCUUUACAGUGUCUUAUUCGGGGUAAAACAUGGAGGAUAUUGGACUCCUUUUAGACUUUGAUCCGGACGGCUCCACUGACUUUGCAUGUUGGGGACAAAUGGACCAAAACUUCCACUUUCAGACCCAGCUGGAUUCCUUCCUGAUGGACUGCCAGGCAGCCAGYGGUCAGMUCUCCCCCUGGUCUUCUUUUGGCUGUCAGUCUGUGUUUUCAGACACACAGCUGACGUUCACCGACUUGGACGUACAGUCACCGGGACUUGGCGCUUGCGCUGAAGGCGACGGAUGCUCUGCCGAUGAACCUCUGGAGGCGGCCAAGCGCCGGACACAGAGCCUGGUKCUCCACCAGCCAUACAAGGUCCAACGGCACGCCGCCAACAUCCGGGAGAGGAAGAGGAUGCUGAGCAUCAACUCUGCCUUUGAGGAGCUGCGCUGCCAUGUCCCGACGUUUCCCUAUGAGAAGCGACUGUCUAAGAUAGACACUCUGAGGCUGGCCAUAGCCUACAUCGCCCUGCUGAGGGAGAUCCUCAUGUCGGGCUCUGACCCCAAAUCCUACGUUGAUGAGUGCAUGAAGAGCGGCUACAAGAAUCAAAGCAAUGCAAUCUGGAACACAAGUGAUCUGACAGCCCGUCUCUCCUGGAUAAAGUGGGAUUAGCUGGGAAACACGAUGGUAUCCUGAGUCUGUUGGCUGCAGCUAUGUGUCAUAGACGGACARACCUGCUGGCGUGGCGCAGCCUGCUGACAGACAUCUGCAGACUUCUCACCAGGUCACACACCUCCGCCUUUAUCAGCCUUCCUCGCCACUUUGUUCCAAGUAGCUUUUAAUAUUCUAAUUCACUAUUAAUUGGUAAUUGAGAGGCAUUGUUUCAGAAAUUGGGGUAACAAGGAGUCCUGGCACAGUGCAGCUUUCCCAAACGGAUGCCAUUUGUCACGGAGAGGCAAAGCUGGCAUCAAACUCAAAGGACUCAAACUUCUGCACACGGACCUGAAGGGCUUUCUGGACUCGUUUUCAUCAAGCUGCAGUCGAUGUGUUGAAAACAGCCUUCAUCUUGUAAAUAAAAGAUCGARGUAGACGGUCAGGUGCUGCUUCCAAACAGCAGAAACUGAAUUACUCAAAUAGCUGUGAAUUGUGUUUUAUUUAAGCUUUUCAUUUAUAUUUUGAAAUAAAGUAGAUUAUGAAAUUGCCUUCCAUGAAAAGAUCUAUACUACAUAUCAUCACAUUCUUAAAAUAAUCGCCUCGGUCAUUUUUUUGCUAGAAGUGAUUUAGGUCCAAAAGAAAAAGCACUUUUGGAAAAAAAUGACUUAUGCCAUUAUUUUAAGAAGGUGAUUCAAUAUUAGGAACAUUUUUAACCAUGAAAUGUGACUAUUUUGUCUUGGAGAUGUGUUUUCUGCUUUCGUUUUAAGACUUUAAGCUCUGAGGAGUUGGGCUAAAAUGCUAAAGUUGGUUUAAACAUCUUUCAAAACCAUCAAACUAUGUUUGCAAUUUGUGCUGAUUGGAAAAAAGUCAAGCGACAAAAAUGCUGCCUCACUAUUUUACAUUGCAUCUUCACUGUUUUUUUUUUAUUUUUAUUUUUUUGCUUUAAUUAACAUAAGCAUAUUAUUUCAAAGAAAAUAGAUAUUAAAAGAAACUCUGAGGACAGAGGAAGUUAUCUUCAAAUCUCACUGAAGGAAACUCAUGCGGGAUUAUCACUCUGAUUCGGUAAGGAUUAUAAAUMAUUAUUUUUCCURCACUUGAMGUUCACAGACAUUAUCAGAGAUGGUUAGAAUCUGCCAGAUUUACUGACCUAACCCAAAUCCAGAACAGAUAACAGGAGACCAGAAAGACRAUCAGCUAUAAACACUGAACAUCUCAAACAUUCUUUUUAAAAAUAUUUCUUAAUCCCUUGAUCUGUUUCUUUUUAUAUUUUUUACUGCAUUUCCCAAAUUCUGAAGAACACCAAAAAAAACUUUUAUUGUUGCAGAGUUUCCUAAUCCUCACAGGGGGAUCUCAACCCAUCAGAAUACCAUUCGUAUGAGAUAUGAAUUAGUCAUCUGAGCGGAAAUUCUGGAGGCCAGAAGGAUCCUUCCAGUCUGGGGCUUACAUCAGGGUCUGUAUUUUAUUUAUUUAUUUUCUCUCUUUUCUUGCACCGAAGUGGUUUAUUGAUUUAACUUCCGACCGACCUGCUCUGACAAACGCCGAGAGGCUGUUCUCUCGGCUGGCAGGUGUGUUUAUCGUGUCAGAGGAGCUUUGCGGUCUUUGGCGUUGCACUUGUAAAUAUAAUCAGUGCGUUGCAUCCUGUGAGGGAGUGGGCUAAAUUUAAAUCUAAAACAGUUCUGUGUAAAGGUCACGCAGCAGCCAGAGCAGAGAUUAAUUGAUUUUGAUCUUUUAGAAACUGCUUAGAUAAAACUGUGCAGCUACAGUUAGUGGUAUACCUAAAGAUAACUUUAAAAAACACAUUUUAUUACAGUAGUAAUAAUGUUAGAUUGAGCAGUGAGCAAAUUUAAGAGAGUUACUAUUUCCAUGUAGUCAGUUUCUGACCUAUGUAGAUUAUGAGAAUGGUAUUUACUCGUCUUUCCUAUUGAAGUCGUCAGUCUUGGAUCAUAUCUAUAUUAGAGGUAUAGCGAUACCUAAAACACACAAGAUCAUUCAGGGUAUUGAGUUCAGAAUAUUAGUUUCAAGAAAACUUCAUAAAUCAAAUGUAUGCUUCAAAAAUCCCCUUAUUCUGCAUUUUUAUUGGUUUGGGUCGGYCAUAGUGGUGCUUUCUUCUGUUUUCAGCAACAACUUCCUGUGCUUUGUCGUUCUUACUGGGAACCCAAAAUGCUGCCAAACCGUUGAUUUAAGACUUGUUGGGGCAUCUUGUAUUACAGUUGUAACCACUACUUAGUUUAAUUAGCAAUAAACUCAGCGGUAAAGUUACUUUUGUUCUAGGAUCACACAGGAGGAUGAUAA